AUGGGCGCCUAUCUCUAUGGGCGCCUAUCUCUAUGGGCGCCUAUCGCUAGGAGCGCCUAUCUCUAUCUCUAUGGGCGCCUAUCUCUAUGGGCGCGUAUCUCUAUGGGCGCCUAUCUCUAUGGGCGCCUAUCUCUAUGGGGGCGCCUAUAUCUAUGGGCGCCUAUCUCUAUGGGCGCCUAUCUCUAUGGGCGCCUAUCUCUAUGGGCGCCUAUCUCUAUGGGCGCCUAUCUCUAUGGGCGCCUAUCUCUAGGAGCGCCUUUCUCUAGGGGCGCCUAUCUCUAUGGGCGCCUAUCUCUAGGGGCGCCUAUCUCUAUGGCCGCCUAUCUCUAUGGGCGCCUAUCUCUAGGGGCGCCUAUCUCUAGGGGCGCCUAUCUCUAUGGGCGCCUAUCUCUAUGGGCGCCUAUCUAUGGGCGCCUAUCUCUAUGGGCGCCUAUCUCUAUGGGCGCCUAUCUCUAUGGGCGCCUAUCUCUAGGGGCGCCUAUCUCUAGGGGCGCCUAUCUCUAUGGGCGCCUAUCUCUAUGGGCGCCUAUCUCUAUGGGCGCCUAUCUCUAUGGGCGCCUAUCUCUAGGGGCGCCUAUCUCAAGGGGCGCCUAUAUCUAG